AUGGAGGUGACUAUUCGUGAACUGGUAAUUGAAGACGCUGAAGAAAUUAGAGCGCUCAUUCAGGGAUUAGCCGAAUACGAAAAAAUGCCGGACUCGGUCGAACUGACAGUUCCACAACUUCAAAAGGAUAUCGGUAGCAAGGCAGUAUUGGGAUUUACGGCUAGGGAUUCCAAUAAUAAACUGGCUGGAAUGGUGCUGUUUUAUAUGGCCUACUCGACCUGGCAGGGACAAUAUGUUCAUAUGGAAGAUCUUUAUGUUAAUCCGAAACUGAGACGCUCCGGAAUCGGUCUGAAGCUGUGGGCGCGUGUCGCGCAGUUCGCAAAAGAACGGAAUAUUAAACGACUGCAAUGGAAUGUUUUGGAUUGGAAUACAGACGCUAUUUUUUUUUAUGAAAAGCAGCCCUGCGUGAACCUCACAAAAACCGAAGGCUGGUACCUCUUCCGAAUGGGCCCCGACGACAUUAACCACCUCUCCAAAAGCAAU